AUGCCGUUCGGAGCAGUGAAGGACAUGAUCUUCAACACGCAGAAUGUCCCCCUCCACGAUCAGUCGUGGUCAAUGGUCUCUUCGAUUCUCGGAAUGCUCACCAGUUCCGAAGAAGAGGUUUCGCAAGAAGAAGCCGCAAACGCAGACACAAGUGCGCCUGUAAUCGAACAUGUCGGAGGAGCACCGAGGAAGCGUGCCCGAGGAGGUGAUGGUGCAGGUGCUCUUACCAGCACUGACUUCAAGAUGGCGACUAACUAUGUUAGUUGUGUUCAGCGGCUUCAUUUCACCAUCUUCCGUGCAUCGAACCUCGGUGCGCGGCUGAUCCAUCUCACCUACUCGCCAGGUGGCACGGCGAAGAGGAAAAUCGGCAUCGUGGGCAAAGGACUCACCUUCGACUCUGGUGGCUACAAUCUGAAAGCCGGCGGAGGAUCGAUGAUUGAGAUGAUGAAGUUCGACAUGGGUGGCUCUGCGAGCACGUUGGGGGCCGCUGCAGCCGUGGCGCAGCUGAAGCCCAAGGAUGUUGAGGUGCAUUUUGUGAUCGCGACCUGUGAGAACAUGGUCAGUGGCAAUCCAGGUGCGCUGCAUCCAGGUGAUAUCAUUACCGCCAUGGAUGGAACGACCAUCGAGGUGAACAACACCGACGCGGAGGGCAGGCUAACCUUGGCCGACGCUCUGCUGUUCUGCCAGGAGAAGGGCGUCACGGAGGUGGUGGACAUCGCGACUUUGACAGGGGCCUGCAUGGUUGCCCUCGGCCAGGGCAUCACGGGCGACUGCCUCAGGAGCAGCGCUACCCGCUACCCCGCCUUUGACCUUCCUCUGAACUCUGAACGUGAUUGGCUCCUUGCCUCUCCUCGAUUUCUCCGGACGGGACGGCUUUGGAACACCGGACGAACUUUCUGCGCAGUUCUGCUGGACCUGGAUGCAAGGGGCUUCGCAGCGACACGACUUGGGCAUCCUGGGUUUGGGCACACCUUCGACCACAGGCAUGGUCGACUGCCACCGGCUAAGACAGCGCCAGUGCGAUGGGGUGCUUCCGACAACGUCGAAAAUGCUUUGCGCAACAUCGCUGUCAAACUGCAAGUGCGUGGGAACAGGGGAUAUGAGGGGGAUGCCGGGCCAGACGUGUCGGCGGGACAAGGCGUAAAUUUGGACACCGUGGAUUCAGCUUCAGAAGAAGACUUGACCCACGUCUUCGACGCCUUCGCAGAGGCUGGGUCUGAGGCCUCAAGUCCCAGCAGCCCACGGCGUGUAGUCCAAGCAGGCUCGAGCAAUCCGAAGCAGAAGGCUCCGCCAGCGCGUGCCGAAAGCUUCGCUCGAAUGCAAGCAGAGGCACGAGCCAAGGCCGCAACAACUCCAAAGGCCAAGGCGAAGGCGUCGAGAGACAAGGCCUCGGAGUCUCCCUCAUCCAGGAUGAGCAGGACAAGCCCGAGUCCUUCUGCACCCAAGGCCAAGGCUCGACUCCAAGCUCCUGGGACUCGGGCGGUGCCCAAGGCUGCAUCAAAAGCAGGGUCACCUGCGGCAACGCCCAAGGCGACCACUCCGCGGUCCGCGGCUUCCAGAGGCUCCAUUGCUCCACAGUCGGCAGGCAGCGGGCAGGUCAAAGCCAAGCCCAAGGCUGUCCAGACAAAACCGACGACUAAGCUGCAGGUGCCAUCUCGGAGCUCCAGCCCCUCGCCGCGCUCGCCAAGUUCCAGGCCCAUCGGAACACCAACAUUUCCACGAUCUCCGAGCAAUGCGUCCAGCCCUGGACGACUGGAGAGGAUGCAGGCGCAAGCAGCCUCUCCGAGCAGUUCGGCAGCCUCCAGCCCUUUCAGAAGGAUCCCUGCCAAACGCCAUUCUGGAGCGGAGAGGACCGCGCCUUCACCAGCUGUGUCUGCUUCGCCACGAAGCUCGACCUCGAGCCCAUUCCAAGCAAGGCCGCGAGGCAGCCCCACGAGGUCAAGCCCUGGCUCAUCUCCGCAACGCUUUGGAGGUCCUCUCGGACGGCGCCCACCGGGGCUGCUGAGCGAUGUCUCGUCGGAGGACGGCGUCAUGGUUGACUCUCCCCGGCAAGAGAUGCUUCUCCUGCAGCAGGAGGCUGUAGCCCAAUUGAAGCGACAACUCGCCGACGAGCAGGCAAAGGCUACGAGGCGAGAAGAGCAGGUCUCAUCUGCGUUGGCAGCCGCAAUUACUUCCUUGAGGUCGAAUCGACCGCAGGCCAUUGCCUCCUGCGAGCGCCUGGAAGAAGAGAAUGUUUCGCUGAAGCACCGCAUUCCAGAGCUGGAUGUACAACUGGAGCGGGAGCGUGGGAAGAGCGAAACGAUGGAGGAAGCUAUGAAAGAGCUCGAAAUGCAGGUUGUGUCACUUUCCCGCAAAUGCCAUUUGGCCGAGGAGGAUGCCGCACGAAGCGAGAGCAUGCGGAGCCAAGAUGCCCAACGCCAGGAGGAGGUUUCAGAGGCUGUGCACUUGCACACGGCCUCGUUGCAGAUGGAAAUACAGCUUGCACGAGAAGAGGCCUUGUCACUCUCCCGCAGACGCGACGAGCUGGAGAAGACCUGGCAGCAGGACGUCCAUCGGCUGCAACUGCAAGCUGAGGCAUUCCGACAAGAGAAUAUGGGUGUCAGACAGUGGGACGAGGCAGAGCGCCGACUCCUUGAUGAACAGCAUCGCUGCUUGGAGCUGACUGAGAACUUAAAACGCCUGCAGCAGGAGGGCCGCGAAGAACUUGCCGCCGAGCGGCGACGAAUGCAAGCGCUGCGGGAAGAGCAUAGCCAGGCAGCGCAGGCAGUCGCGGCGGAAAGGAAGACCUCCAAGCAUCUUGCGCAGCAGCUGCGCUACGAGCAGGAGAAAGGCACUAGGAAUGGCCACGUGGAGGACGGCCUGAGGCUCCUCCGAAGCUUCGAGGCUUGGCAUCGGAGGACCUUGCAGAGCAUGCGCGAGCGAAGGCUCGAUGUGGACCAAGCCAAAUCUCAGGAGCUUCAUGAGGCUGGUCGCAAGUUGGCCGUUCAGGAGGGCAAGGUCAAGGCAGCCUUUGGCAGGGCUUCGACAGCUGAGAGCGAUUUUGCCUCAGAGAUGUUCCGAGCCUAG